AUGAAGUUGGUCAGCAGGUGCGUCUUGGUGGCCCUACUCUUCGCACAAGGAGGUCAUGCUUUCCGAAGGAAGAAGGUUGAGAAGACCAGCCUGCGGCGUCAGGAGCCAAAGGCCUUACUCGAAGAGCUGGAGCAGGUCCUCGGUGCAGAGCACCGUGAGGCAGCUGAGCAGCGGCUGCAUGAGUUCGAGGACGACCUUCGCAUCACCUUCAAGGCUUUGCCAAAGAACGGUCGCGGCGCCGUGGCAGCUCCAUCUGCACGCUAUGCACUUCACAGGCUGUUCAACCAGCGCCACGGCUGGCAAAUCAAAGGCCUUGAGACCGCCGGAGGUGCCUGGGAUGCAGAUUCGCCUGUUACGGCGAUGGGAGAUCGGGUGCCGCCGAAGAUGCGUGAGCUCUUCGAGGACCGCCUGGGGUCCUAUGGGAUGACACUGCACGAGCUCGCCAUCCUGGCCGCGACGAUGGACAAGAUGUUCGAGACAGACGUUGCGGAGCGGCUACGAAUCGUUUACAAGGCCUCGGCGUUGAAAGCUGAGGACUUCAUCACCUACAACCAGGCGAAGAAUGUCUUGUGGACCUAUGUGGCAACAUUCAUCACUGGACCGCAAGUGGAGAGCCUCACUGAAGGAGAGGUGCACAAGGCCCUUGAGCACUUCACCACCAGGUUUCCGCGCCACACAGAAGCCAAAGAACUGCUGACUGUGAUUGCAGCAGAGGUUGCCGGACACUUGACGUCCUAUGACUUUGAGACCCUGCAGAAGAUCCUGUCCAAGUUUGGUCAACGUCUUGGCGCACUGGAGGACACCGAAUGCAAGGUCAUGAAGAACAGGUUGACUUCAUUGGAGCAUCGUGAGGGCAGUGGUCUUGUUCGCCUGGGUGAUUUCUAUGGCAACGACAAGUUUGACUUCCACUUCACCGAGAGCCCUUCCUACUUGCGCGGUGCGGGUCUUCUGGACGAGUCGAACCCGGAUGACCCCAAGGUCAUCAUCCCGAACUACCUCGCUGGGCCGUCGAACUGUGUCCAGCCUUCAGGCUACUACAGCAUUUGUUGCUUUGACGAGUGUGAGCAGUUGAUGGACCAGGUCGAGGAGGGACUCGAGGCACCAAUGGGCACUCCGGAGAAGAUCGCAUCGCUGGUCUCCGGACUGCCUUCCUCUUCGCAGCCGGCCAACCGCACGCUCUCACCUCACCUCACACAGCUGCUCGAUGAGGUGGCCGGCCACCACGGUGGCAUGGUGCCAAUUCACGGCCGCCUCUUCGCUCAAUGGAUGCAUGAGGCUUAUCCACGCGAGUGCAGCUACCCGCACCUGGAAGUGAAGGUCCAGAGUCGCUUUGAUCAUUCCCCAGACAUGGAUCACGUGGAGGCCGACGAGAAGUCCAAGUACUGGCAAAUUGCCAAGCAGCGUGAAGGCAGUGGCGAGAACCAAACCACUUCUCGAUGGAUCAUGAAGGAGGAGUUGGUGGAUCAGCAGGGCUUCGAGGCUCACGUGAAGUCGAGCACGCGAGACGAUUUGACCAUCUUCGGGGCGCUCGGCUUCAUUGGGAUGGCGGUGGUGCGGCAUGUCGCGCCGGCAUUGAGGCAGGACAAGCAGAAGGACCUGUGA